AUGCUAACUAGUGAAAUGGGUGCUUUUUAUGUACUUUUUAUACUACUAAUCUUCUGCAAUUCUGGGUUUCUUUGUAUUGCUGGUGGUUUAUUGAAUUUCACAAGUUCUGGUUCUUCAUCUCAUAAAAAUGUAUCUGGAAGUAGAAACACAGAGUUGGAAGACAAGAGAGGUGUGCCAUCAGGAGCUAAUCCUCUGCAUAAUCGGUAG